GCCCAUUGUCUAUGCACCGAUCAGUCGACGUAACGCACCUGCCAUCGUAGCUGCUAGCCAGGAUGAGCCGGCGUCGGCUAGCGCGUCUAUGGACACGAGUAUGUCUGGCCCAGCAGCAUCGGUGCGUUCGGAGGAGAUGCCAGCGGCUGCUGAGGAUACCAUUAACAAUUCCCCGGACACUGGGCUCCGUGAGGGCACUUUUUUAGAUGAUACUGCUCGGCUCAAAAAGCGUUGCCAGAGUCUGCGUCAGGUGCAGCCAGUGCCAUCUCGGUGCUGGUGUGUAGAUGCGGACCUUCGGUGCGAUAAUAACAGGGAUGAGGUUAUGCCCCACGUCGAGGUAGGUAUGCUGGACGAACCCUUUGUGAAGCCGCAUGCUAACAUCGUGCCCACUCCUCUGGGUCGCCGCCGACUCCAGCCAGCUCCUCAGGAGCCGGUCUGCAUUCCUUUGAAUGAGCUUAUUCCGGCAGAGCAUGUUCCCGCUACCAUUUGCCUUACGGAGCUUCCUGCCAGGACUACCCCUGAGUCAAGUGGUCGGGUUCAUGAGACCACCCUUCGGGUUGGAGUGCCUAGCGAGGCCGAAGCUGUGGUCCUGGACGGCUUUGCGCUCAAGCGGUAUUGCCGCGACAAGCCGCAAGAUGCUGGAAUGCACCCAGCUGCCAAGCGCUUCCUCGCUCACCUGCCAUCCUGCGGUCCCGAGGAUGAGCCCACUGCCCACAUGUUCUAUGUUGAUGGUUCGUGGGAUGGUGUGCUAGGGGCGUGGGCUGUGUGCUGCUUAAGUCUAGUUGGGGAUCAGUGGAAGUGGCACGGAUACUUGUGUGAUACCAUGGUUGCGCCGCUGGCUGCCAAUACGCCUUUCGACUGCGAGCUGUACGCGCAAUUCGUGGCGCUUGGCACAAUUGCCUGUGUUGGCAGGCCGUCUACGGUGUUCUACGACUGCACCUCCGCCGCUGCGGUCGCGCAGGGGCAGGCACAAACCAGCGCUCAAACGUGCAUCGCACGAGGUGAUCCCCUUAACGAGCUCGUCGACGGGCUGGCUAAGCGGGCUUGCAGCAUGCCACAGGAACGGCGAGGUGAGGUUACCGAGGCCAAGGAAGUGCUCCGAGCCUUCGGGGACCACUUUGCGAUUGCUGAGGCAGCCACUGCUACUGCGCUUGUUCAGCUGCCUCGGAACGAGGGCCACGGUGCGGCGCAUGGGCCGACCUGGCUUACAGGUGCGCCCACGCUUGCUGACUUGGCAGCGUCCUUUGCAUCGCUCUCACCGGGGAAGGCAAGCGGGAUCAGUGGGAUCCCACCAGAAGCCUACCAGGCUUGUGCGGCACGCGCGGCCCUCGUUCACAUGCCGCUCAUCCUGAAGUCCAUAUCCCGCCUUACCUUUCCGCGUGACUUGCAUGAUUGCUUCGAGAAGCACACCAUCCGCACGAUCGGUGGAGCUAGGAAGCGCUUCCCUGCCGACUUACCGUCACUUUGUGUCCAGGCACAUGCUGCAAGGCUUAAGAAGCGUGGACUGGCUGGAUCCAUUUUGUUUGUGGAUGGCGUGUCCGCAUUUUACGCGGCACACCGUGGGCACUUGUUUACCCAGGAUGCCUGUUGCCUGCGUGAAUACUUUGAUGGACUUGCGCUUGAGCCUUCCGUCCGUCAACGCGUUCUCCGUGCCUUCCAUGACACUGGUGCCCUUGAGCGUGCGGGGGUGGCGGCGCCCACCGUGCUGCUGUUGCGAGCGGCCCUGGCGCGGACCUGGUUCUCGGUCGAUCUGACUGCACACCAGGUUUAUGCCACGGUGAAAGGAACCACGCCUGGCUCCCCUGUUGCGGCUGAAGGCCUUGCUGCGACGAUUUCCUGCAAGGAUGUGUGCGUCUCUGCUACUCCCCAGUCGUGGCUUGACGACGUCACAAUCCUGGUCACCUCCAAAACGCCCGCGGAUGUUGCACGGGAUACGAGCCGGGCAGCGGCUUUGGUGUGCCAAUACUUUGCAGUAGCAGGCAUCGAUGUCAAUUUUGGUAUUGGGAAGACCGAAGCUGUCCUCUGCCUCCACGGGGCGGGCUCUGUUGCUGCAAGGACAAGCGUGAUGGUCACGCAAGGAGGCAAGAUCUCUGUCCCCUUGCCGGGGAAUCGGGAUGCCAAUCUGCGGUGCGUCGACUCUUACGUUCAUCUGGGAUCCAGGCGUGAUGGGCGGGGGAACACCCAGGGGGAAGUCGAACGCCGUGCUCGCCUCACGAUGGAGGCAUUUGUUCCUUUUCGGAAGCGGAUCCUAUGCAACAGGCACCUUACGUUGCAGGAAAAGCAGCACCUGCUUGCCUCCAUGAUAAUGUCCAAGUUCCUCCACAACGCCGGCACGUGGGACCUGCAUUCGAAGCAGGCGUACCAGUCCUUUUGCAGUAAGUACUACAGUUUUCUGCGUGGCAGCAUUCGACCGAUGUGUGGCGUCCCUUGUCGCAGGCUGUCAGAGGAACAGAUACUUGCUUUGACGAAUGCGCUCGGUCCGGGUGAGGCACUCCUCAUACGCCGGGUACGGCUUGUCUCUCAGGUACAUGAUAAAGCGGAUGAGUACUUGUUGCGGACCCUCGCUGAUGAGCAAACCUGGCUGCAGCAUGUACGUUCUGCGGUGCAUGAGCUUGCCGCAGCCCUGGAGGAUGAGGCCAUGCUGGAGUUUGCCUCCCGGCCAUGUGAUGGAUUGGAGUGGCUACGGAAAUGGCCGUAUAGCCGGGAGAGAACGGCUACUAAGCUCAAGUGUUUCCGUCGGCUGAGGCUCGGCCAGCGCGCGGAACUUGUGCCUGGUGCCAUACAAAAGGCUGCUGCCCACCAGACAGCGGCGGACUGGGGACUUGUUUUUGCCACGAUUGAGGCGGGGCAUGAUGGGCCCGACCGUGCACACUCGGGCUUCGGCACUCGCUUCGCAUCGCUCUAA